AUGAAAAGAAGAGAGCGUAGUUGGAUGUAUGAUAGAAUCGACGGGCGCAAUCUUAAGCCCGACUUUCUCAAGGGGGUUGGAGAGUUCAUUGAGUUUUGCAAAGAGCAUCCAACAUGCAAUUAUGGUGACAAAAUAAGAUGCCCAUGCCCCUUGUGUGAUAACAGACGUUUCCAUGAUACUGGAACAGUUAGAGUACAUUUUUAUAAGAAGGGGUUUGUUCGUAAUUACAAUCAAUGGAUAUGUCAAGGGGAAAGCUUAGUAGAGUCCUCGCGUGUUCAGCCAAAUCAAUAUCGGGAUAUGGUUAUUGAUGCUCUUGGAAAUAAUCAAGAGCAUUUGUUGAAUGAAGAGGGUAAUUCAGUUGAAGAAGAACCAAAUGUUGAAGCUAAGAAGUUUAUAGACCUUCUAAAGGCAGCUGGAGAUCCAUUAUAUGAAGGGAGCAAACUCUCUGUGUUGGAGAUGGCAUCAAGAAUUGCAAAACUUUCAAUAGCACAAAGAAGGUUCUUGAGGGAUUGGAACUUCCUCAUGAGAGGAUCCACACAUGCCCUAAAAGGUUGUUUUCUCUUCUGGAAAGGCGAUGCACAGUUAGAUAAAUGUAGAGUAUACGGAAGUGAUCGGUAUAAGAAGAAUGCAAAGGGCAAGCUUAUUCCAGAAAAAGUUCUAAUCUAUUUUCCAAUCACACCGAGGUUGCAAAGGUUGUAUGCUACCAAGAACAUUUCGGAGGAUAUGACUUGGCAUGCCAAGAAUCCCCGAGUUCAAAACACCUUUGCACAUCCUAGUGAUAGUGAAGCGUGGAAGCACUUGGAUACAACCUUUCCUAAUUUCGCAUCAGAGCCACGAAAUGUCAGUCUUGGUUUGUGCACGGAUGGAUUUGCCCCCCAUGGUAAAUUUGGAUCCCAAUAUUCGUGUUGGCCAGUUAUUCUUACACCAUACAACUUGCCUCCAUCGAUGUGUAUGAAAAGACCAUUCAUGUUCCUUUCUUUGCUCGUUCCCGGUCCUAAAAAUCCUAAAGGAAACUUGGAUGUGUACAUGCAACCCCUCAUUGAAGAGUUGAAACAGUUAUGGGAGGUUGGGGCUAUGACUUAUGACAUCUCAAGCAAGCAAAAUUUCAACCUCCGCGCAGCCCUUUUGUGGACUAUUAGUGAUUUCCCUGCAUAUGGAAUGCUAUCUGGAUGGUCCACUGCUGGAAAGAAGGCUUGCCCUUAUUGUAUGGAUAAAAUAAAGGCAUUUUGGCUUGAACAUGGAGGUAAAGUUUCAUGGUUUGAUUGCCAUCGACAAUUCCUUCCACAUGAUCACCCUUUUCAAAAGAAUAAAACAGCUUUCUGCAAAAACAAAGUUGAAAAUGGCAUGGGUCCGCAUAUAAUGUGUGGAGAAGAAUUGUGGCAAUGUGUGAAGGACUUGCCUAAAGCAACUGAUGGUCCUGAAGAUCUUAAGAAGUUGAAGAGUGCCAAAAAGGGUUGGUUCAAACAAAGUAUUCUAUGGGAACUCCCAUAUUGGAAGGAUUCGCUUAUUCGUCACAACUUGGAUGUCAUGCACAUUGAAAAGAACUUUUUUGACCAACUCAUAAACACUGUGAUGGAUGUGAAAGGCAGCACCUCGGACACCACUAUUGCAAGGAAAGAUAUGGCUAAGUAUUGUAAACGUCGGCAGUUAGAGCUUGAAAAUGGAAAUCAAACCAUGCCCAAAGCACCUUUUGCACUUGACAAGGCUCAAAAUAAGGUGUUAUGUGAAUGGGUCCGAGACUUGAAAUUCCCGGAUGCUUAUGCUUCAAACUUGAGCAGGUGUGUUAAUCUUCAAUCAUGCAAGCUGUAUGGAAUGAAGAGCCACGAUUGUCAUCUCUUCAUGGAGAGGUUACUUCCGUUUGCUUUGAAGGAGUUGUUAGUUCAUCUUCCACAUGAGGCAAAGGUUGGUGGUCCCGUCCAGUACAGGUGGAUGUACCCAUUUGAAAGGUUUCUUAACCAUUUGAAGCGUAAGGUUGGAAAUAAGGCACGUGUAGAAGGCUCCAUAUGCAAUGCUUACCUAAUGGAGGAGAUUUCGAACUUUUGUUCCCACUAUUUUCAACCUGAGGUUGACACCAAAGCAAGGGAUCUAGGAAUAAACGUCCAUUCGGUUGUUGAGAACCAACAUGACGUUAAUAUCCCCGAGAUGUUCAGGGUUGAUUGUGGUCGUGCACCUACUAAUGGUCGUUUGCGCUUUUUGCAAGACAUAAAGUAUGAUCGAGCACAUCUUUAUGUGCUUGCAAACAGUGGUAUCUUAGGUGAAUAUGAAAGGUAA